AAUUCCAUCUGAUUGGACAAAUGCCUUGGUGACAGCAAUUUUUAAGGAGGGUAAUAAAUCAGAACCUGCCAACUACCGCCCCAUUUCAUUAACUUCAAUCUGUUGCAAGAUAAUGGAACACAUUAUUUUCAGUCACAUGGCGAAACAUCUGUCCUCACAUAAUAUCCUCAUCAACCAUCAACAUGGUUUUAGGGAAAAAUUUUCCGGUGAAACUCAACUGAUUUCUGCAAUACACGACUGGGCCAAAGGUAUAAACUUCCGUAGCCAAAUAGAUGUGUUGCUAUUAAACUUCUCAAAGGCAUUUGACACUGUUCUUCAUGAAAGAUUACUUAGAAAGGUUGAUUACUACGGAAUCAGGGGUAACAUGUUUAAUUGGAUUAGGACCUUUUUGUCAAACCGCAAGCAAAGUGUCUCAGUUAAUGGUACUCACUCUUCGUCAAGACCUGUUGUGUCUGGAGUGCCUCAAGGCUCUGUGUUGGGUCCAGCACUAUUUCUGUUGUUCAUAAAUGACAUAUCAAACUCAAUCCAAUCUAAGCUUCGGCUAUUUGCAGACGAUUGUGUUCUUUACAGAGAGGUAGCCUCACACCAGGACUGUCUUACUCUACAACAAGACCUUGAUCUUCUGUACCAAUGGUCGAGGACCUUGCAGCUCUGUUUCAAUGUGUCCAAAUGUUACCACCUCGGAAUAACUCGAAAUAAAAUACCAGUUACUUCACUUACUCUAUGAACAGUAAAAUCAUAUCACAAGUCCCUUCCACAACUUACCUGGGAGUAACAAUCACUGAUAACUUGUCUUGGAAUCAACACUGCGAUAUUAUCUGCGACAAGGCAAACUCUACCCUUGGCCUUCUUAAACGAAUCCUUUCCGGUUGUUCUUCCCAGGUAAAGAAUACUGCAUAUUGCUCGCUUGUUCGUCCUAAAUUAGAAUAUGCGAGUAGUGCGUGGAAUCCAUAUAAACAGUGCAAUGUAAAGGUAAAGAAUACUGCAUAUUGCUCGCUUGUUCGUCCUAAAUUAGAAUAUGCGAGUAGCGCGUGGAAUCCAUAUAAACAGUGCAAUGUAAAGGUAAAGAAUACUGCAUAUUGCUCGCUUGUUCGUCCUAAAUUAGAAUAUGCGAGUAGUGCGUGGAAUCCAUAUAAACAGUGCAAUGUAAAGGUAAAGAAUACUGCAUAUUGCUCGCUUGUUCGUCCUAAAUUAGAAUAUGCGAGUAGUGCGUGGAAUCCAUAUAAACAGUGCAAUGUAAAGGUAAAGAAUACUGCAUAUUGCUCGCUUGUUCGUCCUAAAUUAGAAUAUGCGAGUAGUGCGUGGAAUCCAUAUAAACAGUGCAAUGUAAAUAAGAUAGAGAUGGUCCAACGACGUGCCGCAACGUUUGUCAAUAAUGAUUACUCUCGUCACAGUAGUGUCUCUCAGAUGAUUAAAUCACUAGGAUGGGAUUCUUUGGAACGUCGAAGACUGAUAAAUCAAACCUGCAUGUUCUACAAAAUCUAUAGGGGCCUUGUUGGGAUCUCGCUACCAUCCGAGAUAAUGCAAGUUACCAGACCAUCAAGGUACCUAAAUUGUGUACCAUUCCAACAGCUUUGCACCCUGAAUGACACAUACAAAUAUUCAUUCUACCCCAAAACUAUCAGAACUUGGAACAAUAUGAACUUACCUCAAAUCCCUAACUCUCUAGACGAUUUCAAGGCCAAUGUGUCCUUAUAUAUUUAA